CUCUGUUGCCUUGUACAGAGAUCUCUUUUCUCUAUCUCUGUCGUGUAUUUGUGUGAAGAUGAAUACUCAGAGCUUGUUUGCUUCGGCUGCCAUUAACAUAGGCUUGGCCUUUGUUGUUCUCUCUCUCUUCGCUAUCCUCAAGAAACAACCCUCAAACGCUCCCAUAUACUACGCUCGUCGUCUCUCGAAAGGUCACAACAUUCACUUCCAUCACUCUCUCUCAAUCCAUCGUUUCUUCCCUUCCGUUUCCUGGAUUCCACGCGCUUUUCGCGUUACCGAAGACGAAAUCCUCGAAACCGGGGGCCUCGACGCUCUUGUCAUUAUCAGACUCUUUAAAUUCGGCAUCAAAUUCUUUGUGGUAUGCUCUCUUGUUGGACUGGCUGUACUUAUCCCAGUUAAUUACAAUGGCCAGGAUGGCUCAUAUCGAAGCUAUCAUUCCAUGGAUUCUUUUACAAUAUCUAACAUUAGUCGAGGUUCCAACAGGCUUUGGGUGCAUUUUUCAUGCUUAUGGUUUAUAUCUCUCUAUGGAUUGUACCUACUAUAUGAGGAAUACAAUGGGAUUUUGGUGAAAAGGAUUCAACAACUUCGGAAGAUAAGACAUCGGCCUGACCAGUUUACUAUUCUAGUUAGGGAAAUUCCCUUUUGCACAGAACACAAGGCUCGUGGCUGCUAUGUUGAUCACUUCUUCUCUAAACAUCAUCCUUACACUUAUCAUGCUUAUCAAAUGUUGUACGAUGGAAAAGAUGUUGAGGUGUUGCUGAGCCAGGCAGAAUCUAUUGCAAGAAAGAUAAAGGACUUGAGAGAGGGGCCCAUGGCUAACAAGCAUAAGAGAGAACGUUUGCUCUUGGAUGCAUCUCAAGAAUAUGCUAUAUCCUUGCAACAGGAAAAGCUUCAAGUAUUCUGCGAAAAGAUACGCCAGUUACAGCGUGAGAUUAUAAUCAAGCAAAAGGAGUUACCUGUUGCCUUCGUUAUAUUCAAGUCUCGGUGGGGUGCUGCACUAGCUGCCCAAUCUCAGCAGCACCCGCAUCCACUUCUAUGGAUCACUGAAAUGGCUCCAGAACCAAGGGAUGUAUCCUGGAGGAGUUUGGUGAUUCCCUAUAGAAUAUUGUGGCUUUACAAAAUCGGGGUUGUUCUUGCAGCAUCAGUUCUUACGAUUUUCUUUGCUAUCCCAGUCACUGCUGUUCAAGGAAUUGCCAGAUUUGAGAAACUAAAGAAAUGGUUUCCUCCAGCUAUGGCUGUACAGUUGAUACCAGGCUUAAGCUCUAUCUUGACAGGGUAUCUUCCUAGUGUCAUUCUCAAAGGUUUUAUAUACAUUGUCCCCUUUGCAAUGCUUGGGAUGGCUAAAGCAGCAGGUUGUAUUUCAAAGAGCAAAGAGGAGAUUAAAGCUUGCAACAUGGUUUUCUAUUUUCUUGUGGGAAAUGUUUUCUUUUUGAGCGUGUUGUCAGGGUCCUUAUUAGAUGAAAUCGGAGAAUCUUUUACUCACCCCAAGGAUUUUCCUAGUCAUCUGGCUGGUGCUGUCUCUGCUCAAGCAGAUUUCUUCAUGACAUACAUCUUAACAGAUGGGCUUUCAGGGUUUUCUUUGGAGAUUCUUCAGCCUGGCUUACUCUUUUGGGAUGUUAUAAAAUCGAUAACAUUUGGCCAUGGGAAGAAGAAAAAUCCUUAUCUAUAUUCACUACCCUACUUUAGGAUUAUUCCUAUGGUCUCAUUGUCAGUACUGAUUGGUACAGUAUAUGCAGUUGUGGCACCAUUUCUGCUCCCAUUUCUUAUUGGCUACUUCUCUCUAGGCUAUGCUGUUUACGUCAACCAGAUUGAAGAUGUAUAUGAAACUGUGUAUGAGACAUGUGGACAAUACUGGCCAUACAUUCAUCUCUAUAUUGUCAUUGCGAUCAUUCUAAUGCAAAUUACUAUGAUUGGUCUUUUUGGACUGAAGUCAAAGCCAGCUGCUUCCAUAUUAACAAUUCCACUCCUCUUGUUCACCCUGAUGUUUAAUGAGUACUGCAAGAAACGAUUUCUUCCCACAUUCCACCAUUACCCUGUCCAGGUAUAUAUAUUACUUGAAGUGCUGGUUGAGAAGCCAUUAGUGUUAUUAGUCGUUUCUUUUAACACUAUUAUUUUAUUGCCGCUCUUAUGUAACUUGUCCAUCUUCCUGCAGGCUGCAGCCAUAACUUGGCAAGAUUUGUUUAGUCUUGUAAUAAGCAACUUCUUAAUCACCUUUGUGUUGUCUCUGUGGGUUGAGAAAGCUGGACUUCUAGCCUUUAGAUGCACCUCAAAUUUACAAUUUGCGCUUCAAAAACUGUUUUUUCUGGAUGGUCUAAACUUGCUCCAGCUCUUCUUUCUGGAUGGCCUUAGCGUAUUUUAGUUAUCUUAAUGACUUCCUAUGAUUCCGUGAUUUCCUUGGUCCCAUUUAUAGGAGCCAGAGCCUGAAGGAGAUGCACCUAAACCUUGGUCUAUUAGCAUGAAAUGGUUG